AUGACUCCUAUAUAAGCUGAUAAAAAGUUUAAAAUACAUCUAGAGCAAUAGCAGGUAAUUUAAAAAGAGUAAAGGAUACCUUAAUCUCCCUAUUUGCCCAGCAUUUCACAAGUGACAAACUACCAAAACUAACUGCAAUCAAAUUACUAGAGUAAUGAUAGUCAACUUAGAGAGAAAAUUCACGAUAACUUUAAAAAGUAUGUGGCAUAGAACAUCAAAAUCAAGAAAAGUGAUUCAAACUUAGGUUAAAUUAUCAAAAAUCAAAUGCAGCAGCAGUAACUCUUGCAGCAACAUAACAUCCAUUGGCAGUAAUAAAAUCAGUAAUAGUUCUAAGGUUAGAAUAACACCAAUGCUGUGCGAGAUUUUUACUACAAUAACUUUGAUUCGUUUAGAGUACAGCAGCAAGCUUAAAGCGUCCUCUAAAAUCCAAUGAGUCAUACUCUCCCUUUGAAUGAUCAAUCUAAUUUCAACUCCAAUAAAUAAGUGAAGUCAAACAAAACUUCAAAUAGAUAUCAAGAUGUAAAUAGAGAUUUCAAUAAUUAACACACUCAGUCAAAUACAUCUCUAGAGGAAUACAAGGAAGAAAUUUAAGAAUUAUAUCAGUAAAAACUAAACCUAUAGGGUAAUAUGAGAUAUAAAAAUGAGUUGAGUCAUAAGAAAUCUAAAAAGGAGCUGAUUAGGAAGAAAAAAAGACCAUCUGUGGCUGCUGUUGACAAUAAAAAAAUUAGCAUCGAAUAAGUUUUGAAUAUGGCACCCUUAGUAUAAAAUGGCAUAUCAAGCACUAUAACCAAUAUAAUUGCUGAGAGUAAGACCUUUGUAGCGAAUUCGUUAUAGUAAGAUAGCAUGAAUGUGUCUACUGACGAGAUAUAUAAAAAGAAGUAGUACUAAUCAAUUGAGCAAAAUCAGCAUUAGAAAAAUAAUGCAUAACUUAAAGAUAAACUUGUUGCUCUCUAGCACUAAAAAUCUCUCAUCAGAAGUUAAAUAUAUUAAGAGAUAUAAGAUAUACCUAUGAGAAAUAUACCAAGGCCAGAUGAAUAUUAAAUGCCUAUAAUAAUUAGUAAAAGUAUUAGUUACAAUGUCUAAAGAUAAUAAUAAUAAAUCUCACCAUAAAGAAAAAUUUACAAUCAAACUAAUCUCAAAGCUCAAUCAAGUCUUUAGCAACCAGUUGUUCCAGUCUAACAGCAGCAAUAAAACAUGAGCAAUUUUAAUGACUAAUAAUCAUCUGAUUAGAGACAUUCUAAAACUCUACCUUACGUAAGACAAGCAACUAACAACAGCAUUGCCAAGAAUUCUACACUCAAGCAUUAUGAGAAUAGUAUCCCUCCACUUCAUGGUUAAGUAAAAGAUUAGCAGCUUAUAAGCAUCAAGCAAAAAUUUAAGCCAGAUUAGCUAACUGAGGUAAAACCAUCUCAAAUAGCUUACUCUAUCGAGAGCUCUCCUCAUAAAAGAUAAAUCAAGCAAAGUAACACUAGUAUGCAUUCAUACAAUAAUGAUAAUCCCUCAAAUGCUCAAAUGAUGAAAAGAUUGAAUUAAAAGAACUUUCAGAUUCAGAGCAGGAUACCUAGGUAGAGUAUACAAAACAGAAAUAAUGUUACAUUUAAAAACUACAAGAAUUUCACAAAGAGAAUUUUCUUCAACAAGCGUGUUAAUUACUCUGCCAGUCCUCUAUUGAUUUUGGUAUUUGAUAAUUUAAUGGGAGAAUUCAGAAAAGGCCCUGACUGUCAAACUGAGCUUCACAUCCGAUAGGGUCUUAUUCAGGGUAUCAAUGAAUUGAGUUUAGACUUCUAAGUUGUUAUUUUUACAUCUUCUAAGGAUGAACAAAAAAUCAAGUUCCUGACUUAAUGUCUAAGAAAAAGAAAGGCUUAAAUUGAUGGGGUGUACAGAGCUAUUAGCAAUAAUACGAUAUUCGAAAAUUUUGAUUAGAUUUUCCUGGAUUUUUAAAUUGCAGACAUCACUAAGCAGACAUGUAUAAUUUCUCCAUAUUACUCUGAAUAUGGUGACCAGGUGAUACAUUCUUAUGAUGGCUAUGGGGGCUUGCAUCUAAUGUUCAAGAAUAUAUGUAUAAGGGAAGAUUUCAGUUAGUUUGGCUAAAUACCUUUAUAGAUAUUAGUGCCGCAUUUGAAAAAUGAAAAUACAAGUUUCUUAAUGAUAACUAGAUUUAUUGGAUCAGUACUAGGUCUUAAUGACAAUGUCAUGAAUUCAUAUGAAAAAAUCAAAUACUCCAAAAAAAGAAAACAAAAGGAGCUGUAUAUUUGUGAGACUCAAAAGAUUGGUUUUGAGUAUAUGAUAUCGCACGAAGUACUUUUGUACUAAAAGUAGGAUUAAGGGAAGAUAGAAUCUUACAUUACUCAGAAAGACAAUAGCACUAAGCAGACUAGUUAAGUAAAUCUAACUUAAAUGAUUCAAAAGCAGAUUCAAGAGUCCAAGGACCUAAACUCAGUUAAUAAAUAUCUGAAAGACAUUAGACAAAAUAAUGAGUACAUCAAGCAGCAGAGAACGAAUCACAUGGUAAAUUACUACAAGCGUAUGUCUAAGGCAAACCGAAACAUGCGCCGAGAUAUAAUAAGGCAGAUAACGGAUGUUAAAGCAAUACAAAUAAAGAAUCUUGAGCUUAAUGAGAAUGAGGAUUAUGAUUAGAUUGUGGCGAAGGUUUAAAAUAAGGUUAAUCAUAAGUUUAUAGUGAUGAGGAACAGUCGGAAGAAACAGGCUUUUGAACUUGAGAAAUUAGAGCAAAUGAUUAGUAGAAUCAACAAUUUGAACUUGAUUGAUUGGCUCUCAAAAGCUCAUAAAUGA